AUGGCGACGGUUCGUCCUACAAAGAGUACUCCACUCAAGAAGGGCCCGGAUUCAAACCAAGGAAGCCCUGCGCCUGGAAGGCGUACACCGGCGUGGUCUAACCGCGCCUCUCCGUCUCCUGGUCCAGCAUUUAAUGCGAAUGCGCGUGGGACAGCGAACGGAUUCCCGCCCCUCGGUGGCCAGACGAAUGGCAAGCCGACUACGAACCCUCCGAACGCUUGGGGCUCCACUGAGGAUAAGCAGCAACUGUUAGCAGGCUUAGCAGGAAGCAUUAAUCAAACUAUUACGGUUGCGCUACGCACGAAUACACGCUAUGAGGGUAUUUUAACAUUUGUCUCCCCAUCCGCCUCCGAUGACGCUAGCCUCACACUUAAGAACGCUAAGGAUCUCUCUACGCCUAAUGCUCCUCCAAAGGAUACUGUAAAGAUACCGGCCUCAAACGUCCUAUCUUUCUCACCUGGGUCAUCCGGUACUGGUACAAUGUCUAAGGUCCAGGAUUCUUUCCGAACAGAUGCCGAGAUUUCGCGUAUAGGAUCAGCGAAACGCGAACGAGAGCUCCAAGCUUGGCAACCUGAUGCAGAAGACGCUUCUGCAACUCCUGCUGGAAAUGGCCACGAGAGCUCACGUGGUGACGAUGUUACUUUUGGACCGGGCGCGACUUCCGGUGCUCAAUGGGAUCAGUUUGCUGCUAAUGAACGACUAUUUGGUGUUCGCACGCAAUUUAACGAGGAUGUGUAUACGACACCACUUGAUCGAACCGCGAAGGACUACAAGGAAAAGGAACGCCUCGCAGAACGAAUUGCAGCCGAGAUUCAAGGCAGCGUGACAAAUAACCCUCACUUGGCUGAGGAGCGUGGAAUAUCAGUCGAUGAUAGUGGCGUUAAUGAGGAAGACAAAUAUGGAGCUGUGGUUCGAGGAGCCAACGCAUAUGUUCCUCCUGGUGCUCGUCGACAGGCGACUGGCAGUGAUACAUCGGCGCCUCCUUCCGCUAAAGGUCCUGAUAAGGAUAAAGACAAGGAUAAUCAGACAAAGCCGGAUGCCUCUGUACCCAAGGUAUCCGUGAACGCUCCCGAUGGUUCAGAGAAGGUACUCCCUCGGCCGACCGCUAGCCCAUCUAACAACACCGCUACAAAGCAGCCUGCUGAUGCACUCCCUGCUUUCCGUGACUUCGUUACGAACGAAAAGCAGAGGCUCACUCAGAAGAAGCAGGCACUGGUGAAGAACGAGAUGGAGAAGCGUGUGGCAGAACUCGUCAAGUUCAGCCAGAACUUCAAGCUGAACAAGCCCAUUCCCGACGACCUUGUCCCAAUUCUCGCGAAGGAUGAAGACAAGCAACGUCAGAUUCGCGAGAAAUCUACUCAGGAUGCGCAGUCGACAAAAGCUCGUGCUAUUGGUGUUUCUGCGUCCGUGUUGACUACCAGUACGCAACAGAAGGUCUCUGCAGGAACUCCAUCGAAGCCCAUUGAACCCACGCGCAAGCCUCUGAUCCAGCCCAUGUCUGCCACGAAACCGGAUCGCGUGCCUGCCAGCAAAAGUUCCAAUGUCUUACAAGGCAAUGCUGCUGCGACUUCGAGUGCUCCGGCUUCCAAGUCUAACGAACCUAAUGCGAAAUUAGAGUCUUCCAAGACUAUGCCUAGAAUUAGCAUGGUUAUCCAGCCUAUUCCACCGUUCCGUGGUCCGAAGAAACAAGGAUCAGGUGAUGGAAAGACGACACCGUCUAGUGGCCCUUCACAGCCUUUGAGUCCGACUUCUCAACAGCGACUCAAUGUUAAUGCGACCUCCUUCAGGCCCAAUCCAAAGGCUGCCGCCUUUACUCCCACGGGCUCGACUAGUCCACAGGUUCAGGCACAGACCAUCUCUCCGAAGCCGAACGCCGCAAGUACGCCGGCAACGCCUAACCUAUUCUUCGGCACGCAAGUUAUCAAAAAGACACCGCCUGUCAACAUCAAGGAUGAUUUCAACCCAUUCAAGUCGGGUAAAGUUCAAGAACCUAAGACUACCACCCCGAACUGGCCGUACAGUGGCAAGCGAUACAUGCAGUUGUUCCCUCCGCCACCCACUGUGGCAGCUCCACCUCCACAGGCAUCACCACACAUGGCUCCUCAUGGACCACCGCCUCCCCCACCACCCUCGUACGACGAAGAUGCCGCGGCACAGGCGCAGGCUGCUGCAGCGAGCCGAGGAUAUGCUGUAUAUGCAUAUGCACCUUACUACCCUGGCCAACCUCCGCAGCCCAUGAUGCCUGGAAUGGCUGGUGUACCGCCUGGCGCAUUCAUACCCUCGCCAUACAUGCAACCUAUGCCAUACCCACCGAACAUGCAUCCCCCUAAUGGACAACCCAUGUACGCCCCACCGCCAAUGGGACAAAUGCCUCCGCCGCAACAAUACAUGCCUCCUCCGCCACCGCCGCCGGGUGCAUACCCGCCUCCGAACAGUGGUGGUCCACGCCCUUCAAUGCCACCUACGCCCAUACCUGCGCACGCGCAUCCAUAUUAUCACCAGAGCCCACAACGUAUGGUAUCUUUUGAUGCAUACAGUCCGAAGAUGUUUACGAUAAACACAGUGCAACAUGCCAUGCCCUACCCCAUGAUGAUGCCCCCACCGGCGCCGAAUGGACCUCCGCAUCAUUAUGAGGGUGGUCCGCCACCCCCAGUGCCAAUGGGUGGUGUAGGCCAUGCAUGA